AUCGAGCUGAGUCGAUUAGCCAAUGCUGUGCUCGAGAAAGGUCGACUCACUGCACGGGAGUUAGCUCAUGUUAUCGGAAAGUUUCAAGCAGCCGCCGUCUCGGUGCUUCUGGCGCCACUACAUUUCCGACAACUCCAACUCCUCCUUAUCUCAACACUUCGGCGGACAGGGAGAGAUUGGGACGCGUUAGUUCAUCUGCCACAAGACGCGCAGCAAGAUUUAGUCUGGUGGAGAGACAGUCUGCCGCAAAACUACGACCGUCCGAUUCACUGUCCCGUAGGGGACAUCGUGAUCGAAAGCGAUGCCUCGCAACUUGGCUGGGGAGCCUUCUCCGACGGUAUAAGCACAGGUGGUCGUUGGUCGGUCAGGGAAAGGGCUCGUCACAUCAAUCAGUUAGAAAUGAUGGCAGCAACUUUCGCGGUUCAGUCUUUCUGCAAGGACAAAGUCAAUUCUGCGGUUCGCAUCAAGUCCGACAAUUCGACGGUAGUCGCGUAUAUCAAUCGUCGGGGCGGCACGAAGUCGUCAGUCCUAGCAGACCUUGCUCUCAACCUUUGGAGUUUCUGCGUGGAGAGAGGCCUCCUGUUGUCGGCCGUCCAUGUGGCUGGCCUGGACAACGUGAGAGCAGAUUUCAAGUCGAGGAACUUCAACCGUCUCACCGAAUGGUCUGUGUCACCAAGUGUGUACGAGAUCAUUCUGCAGAUAUGUCCCGCCCUCCGGAAUCCGAGGGCAGUGGACCUUUUCGCAUCCCGUCUCAACAGGAAGCUCCGCCUGUAUGUGUCCUGGGAGCCGGACCCAGAGGCGGUGGGAACGGAUGCGUUCACCCUGGAUUGGAACCAGUGGGAGGCUCUGUAUGCAUUUCCCCCGUUCAUCCUUGUCGGCAGGGUGUUGACGAAAAUUCGCCAAGACAAAGUGCAGAGAGUACAUCUCCUGGCACCUAUAUGGGAGACAGCGGCCUGGUAUCCCAUGCUCCUCCACAUGUUAGUCCAAGAGCCAGUCAGGCUGCCAACGAGUCGGUUUCUACUCACGCAACCGGUGGACGGGACACCUCACCCGCUAGGAGAGUCGCUACGUCUAGCCGUGUGGACUGUCUCAGGACUCGAUACCGAGAGUCUGAAAUUUCGGAUGGAGUUACCAGAGUGCUCCUGGCAUCCUGGAGACCGAGAACCAGUGGGUUAUACUCGUCCUCCUGGCGGAGAUGGUCUCGCUGGUGUGGUGGAAAAAGUCUUGAUCCCAUUUCGGCGCCACUGAACAAGGUACUCGACUUUCUGUAUCGCCUUUUUGAUAAGGGUCUACAGUACCGCACGAUCAAUGUUUAUCGUUCUGCCAUCUCUUCGACACACUUGAAUGUAGAAGGUAGGCCUAUAGGUGCUCACCCUUUAGUUUCUCGUUUCAUGAAGGGUGUGUUCGAGUUGCGUCCACCCGUACCAAAACAUGUGUUUAUUUGGGAUGUUUCAGUUGUCCUGAAAUUCCUACGUAAGUGGGCACCGGCAAAAUGUUUGAGUUUAAAGCAGUUGACUCUCAAGGUGGCCAUGUUAGUAGCCUUGGUGUCUGCAGGAAGAAGCCAAUCCUUAGCUUUGUUAGACACUAGUCAUAUGAGUUCCUCUAAGGACGGUUUGUCAUUUGAAGUGUACAAACUGACAAAGACUUCUAGACCAGACAAACCCUCUCAUUCUUUGUUUGUGGCUAAGUUUGAGCAGAAGGAAGUGUGUCCUGUGGUUUAUUUGAAAGCGUACUUAGCUAGGACAGCAUCGUUCCGUUCGGAUUCUGAUUCGCGUGUGUUCCGCGCAUUGGUCAAACCGCACAAGGCAGUGUGCUCAGCUACGAUUGCUCGUUGGCUCAAAUCUGUCCUUUCAGAAGCUAGUUCAGUCACCAAAGGCUUCACCGGCCACUCUGUCAGAAGUGCUGCUACCUCUGCUGCCCGUCAAUCCGGGGUAUCAGUGAAGGAUAUAAUGCUAGCAGCGAACUGGUCUAGUAGUUCGACCUUUGAAAAGUUUUACAACAAACCUUCAAAUUUGUCUCAUUUUGGUCAUUCUGUUCUGGCCUCCGCUUCAAAGUCAUGCUGAGUUAUCACCAUGUGACAGCGUCGAGGGACAAUUGAAGUUUGGUACAAACCUUGGUGCCGGACAAAUGUAAUUGUCCCUCGACGUGGAACAUGGUGAUAACCCGGCCCAAAAGUACUGCUGCGGUACUGCAACUGGCUGUUCCCACCCCGGGAUGGUCGGCCAGAACAGGUUGUGAAGAACUGAAGAAAUCAAGCAAGCCGAGAGCGCAUGCGUCACCGAAAGGGGAGGAGCUUCUUCUUUCGAGUGACUACGAAUGAGCUUAAGAUGGGCAUGGAAGCGAGGAUGCCAUGCUGAGUUAUCACCAUGUUCCACGUCGAGGGACAAUUACAUUUGUCCGGCACCAAGGUUUGU